UUUGUUUUUGGUUUGCUGCCUCUGGCGGAAAAAAAUGUAUUAAUUCGGGGUUUUUUAGCCUAUUUAGCAUUAAAUAAAUUAGACAAAACUUCCACCACAUUAAAAAUGGUCAUUUAUUGGUUUACUAGCCAGGAAACACGACCUCAACUGAAGUGCUACUGGACGGAACGCAGCCGUAGUUGGACAGGAGCUUCACAGAGUGGUGCUUGGAGCCGAGAGGGUCAGGGGGAGGAGAGGAAGGGAGUGGAGCGAGAGAAGACGACAGGAGGAGAUCCACCACAGGGUGACCAAUUUACCCGAACCAUCCUUAGACAGGCUAGGCUACAAAUGGUCCUCCACCCCUGGCCGCUCCGACCGACAACCACACGGAAUCGGAUUGUGUGCUGCUGCUGCUGCUGCGGUCCUGUCGGGGGAACAGAAACAGAAUAUGAUCACGACCCAGCAGAGACUGUGGAGAUAGGCCUGGCAGCAGGGACUGGUCUUCUCCUUAACCUUGGUCUUUGAUCACUGGCUCUGACAUCUGGAGCUUUCCGAAGCAACUGGAGCGCCUUUUGACCCCGCCCAGUCCCGCGGCCCUGCAGUGCGGCCUCUACAAACCCCUCGUCACUUCUUCAAAAUUUUGUCCACGGGGAUAAAUGAGUGAACCGGCUGCAAGGGAAAGGGCUGGGACAUGUACCAGAACCCCAACAGAAUGUCCUGGUUCAGUGGUUUCCUAGUCGCCAGAGUGGACGACCGCAAGACUGCGUGGGGGGAGCGCAAUGGCAAGAAGUCCAAACGGAAGGGAGGCUCAUCUCUCUGCAACCCGCGUUACAUGAGCUGUCUGCGGGACCCAGAUGCUAUGGAGCCCCAAUCUGGAGCCCCCCUCCACCAGCACCACCGCGGAGGCGUGGCGGGGGCCGUGGGAGGCGGGGGCAACUUCGGCGUCCGCUGUGGAUGGCAGGAGGACCACUAUGGCAAAAGGGGAGGGGCUCCCGGGGAAGGGGUUGGGCUGAAAUCCGUCGAUUUGGGCUUUGAGGAUGGAGAGUUGAAAGGCAGGAAAGGGGGAUGUAACGGAGGAAGCGGGGACAUGGGUGAUGACGGUCCCAACGGCACAGCAGGGGUGGUGACGGCUGCAGACUGCUGGAUCAGGGUGGUGAGGGUGUUCCAGUCAAAAAAAUUCCAGUCACGCAAACUGGAGCGCCUAUACCAGCGUUACUUCUUUAGGCUGAACCAGAGCUCCUUGACCAUGCUCAUGGGGGUACUUGUAAUCGUGUGCGGCAUCAUGCUGACCUUCCACUGUGUCCAUGCCGCCCCUCACGUGGCCUAUUCGUCAGCCCUGUCUGUGGCGAUGGCGCUCUUCAUGGCUCUUAUGGUAGUUUGCAACCGCAACGGCUUCCACCAGGACUACAUGUGGAUGGUCAGUUACCUGGUGAUCGGAGUCCUGCUGUCAGUACAGGUGUUCGGAGUGCUCAUGGUGGCACCCAGGAGUGCUUCAGAGGGCAUCUGGUGGUCCGUGUUCUUCAUCUACAUCAUCUACACUCUGCUGCCAGUGAGGAUGAGAGCGGCAGUGCUGAGUGGAGCAGUGCUGUCCAUCAUACAUGUGGUCACCACCUGGCAAAUUAACCAGGAAGACAAGUUCCUCUGGAAACAGGUGAGUGCUAACGUCCUGAUCUUCCUGUGCACUAACAUCAUUGGAAUAUGUACCCACUACCCCGCUGAGGUUUCCCAGAGACAAGCCUUCCAGGAGACCAGAGGAUACAUCCAGGCCAGGCUACAUCUGCAGAGGGAGAAUCAACAACAGGAGCGUCUGUUGCUUUCAGUGUUGCCAAGGCACGUUGCCAUGGAGAUGAAGGCUGACAUCAAUGCCAAGAAGGAAGACAUGAUGUUCCAUAAAAUCUAUAUCCAGAAACAUGACAAUGUCAGUAUUCUGUUUGCAGACAUCGAGGGUUUCACCAGCCUGGCGUCUCAGUGCACAGCUCAGGAGCUGGUCAUGACACUCAAUGAACUCUUUGCCCGUUUCGACAAGCUGGCAUCAGAGAACCACUGUCUACGUAUUAAAAUUUUGGGUGAUUGUUAUUACUGUGUGUCCGGGCUGCCUGAACCGCGGGCCGACCACGCCCACUGCUGUGUGGAGAUGGGUGUCGACAUGAUCGAAGCCAUCUCGCUGGUGCGGGAAGUGACCGGGGUUAACGUUAACAUGCGUGUCGGCAUUCACAGCGGGCGUGUGCACUGUGGCGUGUUAGGACUUAGGAAGUGGCAGUUUGACGUGUGGUCAAAUGACGUCACGCUGGCCAAUCACAUGGAGGCGGGAGGCAAAGCAGGGCGGAUCCACAUCACUAAGGCCACCUUGCAGUAUCUUAAUGGCGACUAUGAGGUGGAACCGGGUUUUGGAGGAGAGAGGAACGCGUAUCUGAAGGAGAACAGCAUCGAGACCUUCCUGGUCCUUGGCUGCAGCCAGAAACGGAAGGAGGAGAAGGCGAUGAUGGCUAAGAUGCAGCGGACGAGAGCCAACUCUAACGAGGGGCUGAUGCCACGCUGGGUCCCCGACAGAACCUUCUCCAGGACCAAAGACUCCAAAGUCUUCAGACAAAUGGGGAUUGAUGAAACCUCCAGUAAAGACAACCGUGGCGUUCAGGAAGCCAUGAACCCGGAGGACGAGGUGGAUGAAUUUCUGGGUCGUGCCAUUGACGCUCGCAGCAUCGACCAGCUGAGAAAAGACCAUGUUAAGAAGUUCCUGCUCACCUUCCAGACGUCUAGUCUGGAGAAAAAGUAUUCCAAGAAGGUGGACGAUCGUUUUGGAGGCUACGUCGCCUGUACUCUACUAGUAUUCUGCUUCAUAUCAUUCAUACAGAUUGUUGUCUUUCCACACACCCCGGUCAUGCUGGGAAUCUACAUCAGUAUCUUCAUCAUCCUCGCCAACAUCCUUUUCAUCUGUGCCAUAUAUUCAUGCAUCAAGCUCUUUCCAGCUGCAAUGCAGACUGUUUCAAAGAAGAUUGUCCAGUCUCGCACCAACAGCACCUUGGUUGGAGUAUUUACCAUCAUCCUCGUCUUCAUCUCUGCCUUUGUUAAUAUGUUUGCCUGUGACACCAAGAGCUUGGCGCAAUGCGUUGCAGAGAAGCUGAACACCUCUGCAGCCAUGGUGACGCCCUGUUUGAUCCGCAGCUUGAAUGUGUCUGUUGAAGGAGGUCUAGAGAUCUGUCCUAGCGAAGGCCCCUCCUGCCCCUUUCCUGAGUAUUUCAGCUACAGUGUGCUGCUGACGCUGCUGGCCUGCUCAGUGUUCCUGCAGAUCAGCAGCAUAGGGAAGCUGGCCCUCAUGCUGCUCAUCCAGCUCACCUUCCUGCUGCUGGUGGAGUGGCCACAAGUAGCACUGUUCGACAACGCAGACCUCUUUGUCACCUCCAAUGCCAUUGAUUUAAAUGAAACUAGUGCUCAAUGGUCCAGUUUCAAUGAAACUACAAACCAGUGCCCAUUUGUUGUGACCAAAGUGUCUCUGAGGGUCAUGACUCCAGUGAUCCUCACGGUCUUUGUCCUGGCACUGUACCUGCACGCCCAGCAGGUUGAAUCUACUGCACGCCUCGACUUCCUGUGGAAAUUACAGGCCACAGAGGAGAAGGAGGAGAUGGAGGAACUGCAAGCCUACAAUCGUCGCCUCCUCCAUAAUAUUCUGCCUAAAGAUGUAGCCGCUCACUUCUUGGCGCGUGAGCGGCGUAACGAUGAGUUGUACUACCAGUCCUGCGAGUGUGUGGCCGUCAUGUUUGCCUCCAUUAGCAACUUCUCUGAAUUCUACGUGGAGCUGGAGGCCAACAACGAGGGAGUGGAGUGUCUCCGGCUGCUCAACGAGAUCAUUGCUGACUUUGAUGAGAUCAUCAGUGAAGAGAAGUACAGGCAGCUAGAGAAGAUCAAGACCAUCGGCUCCACCUACAUGGCGGCCUCCGGUCUUAAUGACUCCACCUACGACAAGGAGGGUCGUUCCCACAUCACCGCACUGGCCGACUACGCCAUGAGACUGAGGGAGCAGAUGAAAUACAUCAACGAGCAUUCCUUCAACAACUUCCAGAUGAAGAUAGGUCUGAACAUUGGACCAGUGGUAGCCGGGGUCAUUGGUGCACGGAAGCCUCAAUAUGAUAUUUGGGGAAACACAGUCAAUGUGGCCAGUCGUAUGGACAGCACAGGUGUACCUGACCGCAUACAGGUGACUACAGACCUCCACCAGGUGCUUGCAAGCAAAGGGUACGUGCUGGAGUGUCGUGGGGUGGUUAAGGUCAAAGGUAAAGGGGAAAUGACGACCUACUUCCUUAACGAUGGACCGCCCAACAGUUAGCAGCCAUGGCAGCAGCAGCACCAGAUGCCGGGAUUGAUCUCCUCACCCCGACUGCAAGGACACAGCACCACUGAGCGAGGACUCACAGUGCGAGCGAAUGGCUAAAAAAACUAGAGACGCCAUCCCUUGAAUCCCCAAGCAAAGAGGAAAAAAAAUAAACUUUUGAGACUUCAAAAAGGAAAAGUGUUCUUGAUGAGAGGAAAAUGUUUGACAGCCAUUUUGGCCCCACGUACAUGUUGAAGGACAAGUGUUUUUCUCAUGUCUAGCCUCUCUCUCAGGCUUCUUGAAAGAUGCAAAGUCUGUUUAUUUAAAACAACGCCUUUUAGCCUGUGUCAAAAGAAGAUUAACGCUGUACAUAAGGCUACUUUUUAUUUUUUUUCUUUGUGUUUUGUUUCAGUUUUUUCCGGUAAUUUUUAAUUUCACAUGAAUUCUGAACAGGUACUCAUAUUUUUUGUUUUCUCUGGAUUUAAUUAUUUAUUUUGAUCUCAAUGUUUUUGUGCAAAAGGUCCUUUAUGAAAAAGUGUGAAUACAUACGUGCACAAAUAUCCAGUUUAUUACACGUUUAUAAGUGUGUAUGUACAUGCAUAUUUGUGUGUGUAUGAAUAUGAAUAUGAAUAUGAAUAUGAAUAUAUGUAUAAACUGAGGAGGAAUAUAUUGACCAAAGACUAAAGUAUUUACUAAAAGCAAGGCAAGACAUGUUUGAUAUGUUCUCGCUAGUCAGCAAUGAUCACCGCCUCUUGUUUUUGUUAGGCAGGAGACCUUGAACCCUUUUUUUUGUCCUUUUUUUGCCCAAUUGCUGGCAGCAAAGCCCGCUUAGUUGUUUUCAUAAAAUAUGUAAAAUUUAUUUAUUUUGUCUGUCAUCCAGGCUAAAUUAUAAUGUCACCCUCAAACCUCUAAACUAAAACUGAUAAAAUGACUUAAGGAUGUUAUAAGAUCUUUAAAAUCUAUAUUUUUUAAGGAAUCAUCCUCAUGUCACGUCAGGACCCCCCCCCCC